AUGCUAUCCGAGUCCGCUAAUGAAGGAAUUCCUAUCUGCUUGCCUGCUCUUCCGAAUGAACUGUGGCUACGGAUCUUCGAGCUAGCAACUGAGAUCUUUGGGAUCCUAGACCCAGGCGUACACGAUCCUUUCGAAGCAUCGACUCCUUUGUUCGAAAUCAACUACGACGGUGAUGAUCCUGAAGUUCGUCAUUCUCUCGACAUGAAAAGCCGCCUCGUCCGUGUCUGCAGACGAUGGCGCAUGCUAGCCACGCCGUUAUUAUACCAGGUCAUCAUCAUCCGUCAUUUUCGACAUAUCAACACACUCCGACUCAUCGAUACCAUCAAGCGGGCGGGAAGCAAUGCUGCUUUUGGUGCUUUACCGGGCCGUGUGGUGCAUCGGCUAGACAUAGCGAUCAGGGAGCCCAUUACCACUUAUAUGGCACUGAAUGUGCGACGUGUCCUUUCGAAAAUUGUCAAAGCACUCCCUUCGCUGCGCAUACUUGUUGUAAUCCAACGAGAGCUCCGGGACCAAAACGGCUCCUCAGGCGACCUUCUACCACCAUCACUUGACUUUGCUCAGGCUAUUGACACGCUCGGCAGCUUGACGGUGCAAAAGCUGCGCUGGGAUACCGAUCCGCCCCUUGGAACCAAGACUUGUCGAUCUCUGCUUACACGCUUACCGAGCCUGCGCACCCUCAUGGUGGGCGAACCAGGAUUUUGUCCUUUCGAUCUACCAUCUCUUCCCGAUUUGCACUUUGCUACAUUGUUGCACGACUCUAGCACGGACAGCUCCGGAACCGCGGCCUCGUUUCCAAACCUAAGACAAGCCCUCUUCCGGCCGUCUGUGCGAUAUGACAUAGGGUGCAUAACAGAGUUUUUAGCCUCGAAAGCUCCUGAACUUACAACCGUGUAUCUGGAGAUGAACUCGUCAUGGACUAGAGAGCUGUGCCGCGCUUUAGCACGUCACUGCCCUCAUGUUGCACAUAUUAUUCUCUUCACGGGAUAUUCGCAAUGGUCUACAUGGAACAGCGGCUUCAUGGAUACGUCUGGCCUAUAUUUUCAAUCUAGCCCAUAUUUCCCCUCCAUCACGCAUCUGGGUCUUUUCGGUCCUCCGUUCAAUGAUGAUAGUCAUUGUUUACGCAUUUUCCGUUGGUUGAGAUCCGUUCUUAUACCGUCGUCUCUCAAGGUCGUGCGAUUUCUGAACCCACAAUGCGUAAUGGAUAUGCUAUAUCGACGUUCGGCGGCCGUAGCAGAGGGACUCAUAGCCCUCCCUGAUUUGCGAGUGGAAGACCACGAAGGAAGUGAUUUGAGAGUCCGAAUCAUUGUCAGGGUCCAAUAG